AUUCAGCCAGCAGGCUCCGGAUGAGGAAGCAAAGGGCAAGGAGCCGGCUCAGUUGACAGCUGGUACUGGGCCGAACCAGCUGCAGACAAGGCGCCCUGCACCUGAGCAGCUCCAAGUGACACCGGGGACUGAAGACACUCCCUCCAGGCACUCAACAGGAACCAUGGGUAACCAAAUGAGUGUUCACCAAAGAGCUGAAGAGCAAGAGAACGAUUCAGAAACAGACACUCAUGAGGUGGCGUCGAAGAGGGACUGUGUUCACAACGGGACGCCCGUGAUGGUGUCGACCUACACGGUUCAACUCUACGACGAAGUGGAUUUGGGAAUCAGCAUCCAGGAAGACAGUGCGGCCGCUUCUUCCCCCAAGACAGUGGAGACCAGCGCCGUCGCGGGUGCCGGCGGGAAGAAUCUCGGGAAGGAGGCCAAGCCCCGGGCACCAGCUGCUAAAUCGCAUUUUUUCUUGCCUCUCUCUCGGCCGGUACCAGGGCGUGCUGGAGACCGAGGCGAGGAUUCAACCGAGCCACCCCGCGCGCCAGGGCGGCCUGAUGUCAGCUCCGCGGGCGGCCUAGGGGACAAAGCUCGGCCACCUGAGUCAGGGGGGGCGGCCCCCUCCAAGCCUAAGGACGCCGGCUUUUUUAAUAAACUCUUCAAACUGGACAAGGGGCAGGAACAGGCCCCCGCUGUCAGCCACCAGGAGGCCCAGUGCGCGGCGCGCGAGGACCAGGCCUUCGACAUCCCUGUGUGCCCCGGGCCGGCCCACGAUGUCCCCGCAGAGAGGGACAUAGUUGAAGGCCAAGACAAGGGACAGGAAGUCACACCCGUGAGUUGCUCUCUCCCCCGGGACCCUGAAGAAUUGGAGAUUGCCAAGGAGGACCCCCAGACAACAGCUAUCACUGAGGAUAAUAAUCCCAUCAUGAGCUUCUUUAAAACUCUGGUGUCACCUAACAAAGCUGAAACAAAAAAAGAUCUUGAAGACACGGCGUGCAAAGCAGAAAGUGUCUGUGAUGGGCAAGCUGGGCAGAAGACACCCGAGAUCCCGGCGAAAGGCACCAAGAAAAAGCACCUGGACAGCCCCAGGCUAGGACUCGCCUUUAGACGGUUCUUUAGGCAUAAGGGUGCUGAAAAGUCACCUGCUACGUCAGCAGACCUGAAGUCGGACAAAGCCACCUUUGUACCCCAGGAGACCCAAGGGGCAGCCAAGAAUCCUACACCCACAGAAACAGCAAAGGAGGGUGCCAAGCAGAAGGGGGGGCCCUCCCCUCUGCCUCUGGGCAAACUGUUCUGGAAAAAGGUAAGUGCUGGUCUCAAGAUGUGGAGAGGGCGCGGGGCCGGGAUGACUUGA